AUUCAUUUGUCGGUUUUCCACCGCAUAAAAAAAAACGUCGGUCAUCCAAUCAAUUGGCAUUUUUUCGUAUCUGAACUUGCAUGCUCUCGAACCAGUGUUUUAAAUUAACUGCUAGACCGAAGAUUUGAAACAUUCGUAUCUUUGAAAUUGCAGAGCUUUGCUCUCUCUUCCUCGACUAGCUUCCUGUUUUCUGUGUUGAACGCUUAUUUUCCUGUGGAGUGGAAGGGCAAUUUUCGCGUAACGUUUCGAUCCAUGUCCUUCACUUACUACAGAAAAUACGACACGCCGAAAUAUGGAGUUGCCGAGCAGGCUGAUUCUGGACUGGCUCUGAACCCGGCCAAAGAGGGCGCAAACCAGAGGGAUAUCACCAAAAGUGUGGUCAAGCGAAAGCGGCGCGCGAAGGAGGAGAAGCUGGACCUUUGUUUUGAAUUUACGCCGACUCACCCUGGUGAGAGGAGAGCAGAAGUGGGCGAAACUGCGAUGCGUUUGGGAGACGAAGGCGGCGCCAGAAACAACAGUAAUUUGCCUCUCAUGAAAAGGGCGUCAUCAAAGUUCGAGCACAUGGCGACACAGACUCGAAAGCCUACUCAAGGUGAGUUCGUUAAGGAAAAUUACGUCGCUCGCGAGAAGAGUUUGCUAGAUAAAAAUUUUCAAAUGUUGGAAGCAAACAACGCAAAGGGGCAAGAAGCAGAGGGGGAAAAAGAGCGCGAUAUUUCAUCCGGACAUAACUUGCAAGAUUUUUCACAUUAUCCACCAUCUAUUGGCGGCGGCAAAAAAAAGGCCGUCGACAGUCUCGAUAAAAGUAUGGAUGUGAAAAAAAGGAAGUUGUCGUCUGCUAUUGUACCUGGUGAAGACAGCGAUUUGAACACCAGAAAAGUCCACCCUUGCAAAAAUCUAGAAACUAGCGGCGAUAAGAGACUGUCCAAAAACCACCGCGCGGAGAGCGGACAACCGAAACAAUUACUUUCUCCUGCCAGGAUAUUUUUACCUGAUAGCAGGGUAUCAUAUCAAGGCUCUUCGAAUUAUGAUUUAAUAAAAAAUGACAGGACCUCUCCGAUGUUACGAGAUCCAUCGCCUACGACAGAUGAUAGGAGACCUUCAAGAAAGCACGGCACCUCAAAAAUUGACGGCGUGUAUGAUAAGAAAGCCAAAUCUGGGAAUCACGUCGAGUCUUCCGAUCUCGUCAAGACGAACAAACUCGACCGCCAACGCAAUAAUAUUCACCACACCGAAAAGAGAAAAUUGGUUCGUCUAGAAGACCUAUCCAUGUCAUACUGGGAUUUCGUGUAUUCACACCGUUGCGAGAGGAUCAUUUUGUCCCUAUCCUCUAAGAAACCUGAAUGGGAUCCCAGCUACUCGUUAACGCUCCAGUCCGUGUAUGACAAGUUCAUCUGUCGAGUUCGCAAGGAAUUCUAUCCUCCCCCUGUUGUCGAAGCUAACCCAGAAAACGAACAAUUGAUGCAGGUAAAGGAAAAAUACCUCCGAAUCUUGAAACUACUCGAACAUGAAAAGGCUGAACUAGAGCGGUCCAAUGCUAAAUUGGAGGAACUCGUCAAUAAAUCUUACAGCAGUCACCCUAAGGCCCUAAGCGAUGCCGCCGAAGGUGACAAUAAGAGCCAAUGCGCUAAGGUAACCAAAACCCAUCCAGACCUCGAGAUUCUUCUUAGCGAUCAAGAAAGAAUCUUGUUGACCACCAAACCGGAUGUCGGCCAAAUCGAUCUCUCAGCAUUUGUCGGAAUACAGACUAAGAUCGACGCAGUUGAGCUCUGGUCAAAGCAAAUCGGCAUGAUAAACAAUAGCUUUGAACUCAAGACUUCGUCUAUAUCUUCUAUUAUGAGAAAAUACAAAAUUCCAGACUCUCCGAGCAGUCUCCUGAGAGCCUUUAGUCUGAACUAUUGACGGGGGAAAAAAUGCAAAGAGGACGGGCUCUCUCAUUACUCUCGACAAGAGUACACGUGUGUGCCUUGACGGAUCAAAGACUACGCCCUUCCUCUCCUCUUUGUAUGUGUAUCAUAAGUUGGUCUAGAGCCAUACACCAAAUAAAUGGUUUUGCACAUGUAUAUACGACCAACUGGUUUUUUUUUGCUACGACUCUAAGACAGUACUGUAAGGCAGAUAGCAACACCUCUGUUUUGACAUAUUCUUCUGAAACCUUGUCAACAGUAUCAAUUCAGCAAAAAUUCGACGUGGGCGCUCCUGGGUCGUCGUCUGCUCAUCUUCGUAGUACGAAAAAAGAAAAGCACGAACAAAGUUCUCUCUCCAUUCAGCGCAGAGGAUUCUGCGUCAAGUCCAUGAGAACGUUUAGUACGUGACGCACGGUGGCGAGACCAACGCAGCUUUCCUCGAGAGGAGCUGGAGCAUGGCGCAGAGCAUCUCGCCGCUCCUCCUGUUCGAAAAAGACAAAACAUAUUAUCAUAUCACUACCUCUGCCCAAGUAAAUGGCUUUUACAAUUUCGAAGCAUAGAACAAAAAGCCUAUAAAUACACGUGCAUUUAUUGUACGUUGACAAACAAAAAAUGUAUAUUGCUUUCUCUUUCG